AUGGUUAUUACUGAUGAUUGUUGCGAUCACUACAAAUGUGCACCGGAAGAUGUGGUUCACGUGCUUUGGUCUUGCCUUUUCCUCUCAUCGGUAUGGACUCAUGAUCCUUACUGGAAUUUCAGUGCAAGUCCGCUCUUUUCAACAACUGUUUGGAUGUUCUGGUUCCGAAGGAAUGUACUAAGGACUAGCUCUAAACCAUUUCCAGUUCAGCAAGUUUUUCACGAGGCUCGGUUUGUUAGAGCCGUCUAUGUCCGUUCCAUCCCCCCAAAACCUACGGACCAGUACAAUCGAGCACCUUAUCUAAUCACCUGGAAACCCCCUCCUUGGCCAAAACUUAAGGUAAAUUUUGAUGGGUCAGUUUUUCGAGAUGAAAAUUUGGCCAGUGUUAGCGUCAUUAUCCGAGAUGAAAAUGGUCGUAUGGUAGCAUCCAUGGUGGAGAAAUUUCCUUUGCCCUUCUCGGUUACUGCAAUGGAAGUUAUUGCAACUAAAAAAGCCUUUAAGUUUGCUUUUGACCUCGGACUAUCUUCCAUUGUCCUUGAAGGCAACUCCAAAAAUACUAUUGAUGCCCUGUUGAGUGAGGAUUCUUCACUGGUAGACUUCGGACACCUGCUUGAUGAGGCGAAGAUGUUAGCUAACCAGUUUGUUGAUGUUGAGUUUACUCAUGUUAAGAAACAGGUGUCCUUUGCCACCAUCGAAGAAGUCUUGGCUGCAGGAGGAGCUUUGGGUGGGCUGCUGAUUUCACCUGCCUCCGAGGAUGCCGGGUUGGCGUUAGAGUCCUAA